CUUGUCGGCUAGCAGAGUCGUACUGCUCAGUUGCUGUACUUUUGAAUCUAUACUGCAUCAUUUAACCAGAAAGUGCUACAGAAGAUGUCUUUGGAAUCGUUGGAAAGCUACAACUCUGACCUGAGUUCUUCUCCAGAAGCCACGUACACGGUCAACAACAUUCGGGAGUUAGCCGCGGGAGUGUGCUUCGCCGUUACGGGUACGGUGUUACCCGACUGCAGCCGCUUUGAGGUGAACCUGAUCCUGAACAACUCCGACGUAGCGUUGCACGUCAACCCCCGAUUUUCACCCAACUACAUCUCGUAUAACUCCCUAAAUGUAAAUAGAGGCUGGGAAAAUGAGGAAAACUGUUCUCUGAUCGAAUUCAACUUGAAGCGUGGAAAGCAAUUCAUCCUUCACAUACUGGUGACCAACGAAGCUUUUCUGAUCUGCGUCAAUGGACGUCACUGCCAUGAGUUCUGGCAUAGACGACCUUACUGGAAGAUUUGCAGCCUCGAGGUGAAGGGGGACGUACGGAAAGUGGCCGUCGAACAGUGUUACAUAGAAAACUAUCCGCUGCAGCCCGUUAAGUUCGUUCCACGGCGUACACCGGAAGUACAAAGUCGGAUUAAGGAGAAACGACUAUCUACAGACAAUAAGCAGAAGUUGCAGGCCGAACAAAUGCCCUACACCGGCCUCCUGGAACUUCCAUUCACCAACGGCCAAAAGCUACAUAUUAUUGGGCGUCUGAAUACAGAGCCAAACAGGUUUCAUGUGAAUCUUCAAACAAGUGCCUACGUGUGGCCACAUCCGAACAUCCUGUUCCAUCUGAACCCGCGCUUUGAAGGAGAGCGCGUGAUUGUCUGCAAUAGCUGGCGCAAUGGAUGGGCACACGAGGAACGAUCGGAAAUUCCGCGCGAUAUCCAACCCGGCACACCGUUCUAUCUUCGGAUCGACUGUACCGUUGUUGGCUACAAGGUGAUACUAAACGGUAAACGGAUUUUAGAAUUUGUGUUCCGGGACAAUCCGAGACUCGUGAAUGCCGUCCACGUACAGGGAGAUAUCACACUGUACGAUAUAGCGAUAGAGAAGGCUUUAACUGCACGAAUAGGCUAUGGGGAGUCGUGAAAUGUGAAGG